UGUAUCCAGAUCUCUGUAACAUCAGCCUGGCUGCUGUGGGAGAUGCAGAGAAGCACCAAAGUCGUAUUGGAUUCUGGGAUGAUGUUUAUGGCUUCAAUAUGGCAUGCAUGAAGAGUGCUGUGGUGCCUGAGGCUGUGGUGGAAGUAGUGAAUGCAGAGACACUCAUAUCUGAACCUGCCGUCAUACAGAUGUUGGACUGUAACACAGUAUGCCUGUCAGAGCUCGAGUUUACUGCAGACUUUUCCCUAAAGAUGACAAAGACAACAGAAUUGACGGCAAUCGUUGGCUACUUUGACAUUUUCUUUGACAAAGGCUGCAGCAACAAGGUGAUAUUUUCCACAGGUCCUCAGGUUCCAAAGACUCACUGGAAGCAGACGGUCUUCCUUCUAGAGAAGCCUAUGGCUGUUAAAGCAGGAGAAGAGCUCCAGGGAAGGAUCAAUGUGCGUAAAAACAAGAAGGACCCUCGCUCACUUUUCGUCACCUUUGACCUCCCAGACAAGAAGCAGACUUAUAGCCUUCAAUGAUGUCAGCCAUAAAAUUAUGCAGGUGAUUUAAUGUAGCCCCAUUUGGACAUUUUGGGGCAUUUCAUAUAGUGACACUUAUGGAAACAAAAUAAAAGACUUUUUUGGUAAUUCAAA